AACAUUUUAUGCUUUCCAUUUUUGUGACAAGCAACUUCAAACAGGGGUUUUUGGCAAAGUGUGUAGCCCACCACUGGCUCCAGCAGAUUAGACUCUUUCCAUUACUGAACUAAAUCAUAGGGGCAGCACUAGAAUGAGAUGAGGCCAUGUUUUAUAGGUGCUACCCAGCAACUUUGGCAGGGAGUCCUGUGGGUCUGUGGCUACUGUGGUAGUGAACUCUGGAGGUGGUGCAGCAGAGGGUUUUUGCAGGAAGAAUGGUGGUGAUGGAGGCUAUUUUGGGACUGAAUGAGGUCUUGGUUUAUGGCCUGGUUAUUUGGGGCUACAACCUAUGACAAAUGCAUGCAAUGAAAAGGACCGUCAUUUAAUCAUCCGUUCUCAUCACUUGGAAGUUUUUUUUCUUUGUGCGCUUUCAUUGACCCUGGCUCACUGGGACACUUUUAAAGAACCUCUCAGAGGAGAGGAGAACACAGGAGCAGAGAGGUGAGGCAUGGUCCAUUAACCCCUGAGGAAUCACUGACUUCUCAGCAACAAAUGACUUCAUUAUAAGAGCCUCAGUGAAUCUGUGGCUAUUUGUGAAACCUGGGUAAUAAACGUGAAGCAGGAUUCCUGCAAUCCUCUGAAAUCUGAUGUGGUUUUGAUGUGGAAAUAGAUGCAGUUGGAGAAAAGGGGAACCAGACUAGUGUUGCAGCCAGCUGUGGCCGCCCCAGAAACAAAAUUUUUAACCUGCUACAUCUGGCCUGGUUUGGCCUGUCCCAGGUCUCUCUUACAAUGCUGACAUUAAUGAUCCCCCGCUACAGUAAUGGCUACCAGGACACAUUGUGUAAUAAUAAUCUGCCAUUUCUUUGUUUGUAGACUUUGGAAGGUCUCUAAAAACUUUUAGUGUGUAGCCUCCAGUUUUUGGUGGUGUCAGUGCCUGUACGGCUGUGCGUUAGGUUUGUUCAUAAUACUGUACAUGCAUGUUUCUCAUUCUGUAUAAUUUCAUUAUAGUGGAAAUAUUGCUCAUGCACUAAGGCUGUUUUGCUUUCCCCAGAGCUCAAAGCAUAUAAUAAAGAUGGAAGGAAGCUCUUUAUGUCAGCCCUCUGUGAGGAAACAGUUGUCUGUAAUUAUCGCUGCUUUUCAUCCCUCGUAGCAAACACAACGAAUAAGUGCUCUUGUGUGACCUGGCAACGCGUUUCAGAGAAACCAUUUGUUUGUAAGCUUGUUUGUUUGUGUUCUUGAGAUCACAUGACUUCUCGUUUCUUUCUGUCUCACUCCUCUUUUCUCAGAGCAUCAAGUGCAUUUGAAGUUGCAAUGUGGAAGUCAUUAGCCACAAAUCCCAGCAAAUAUAAUAACAGGGCGAUUAGCUCGCUCUCGAUGCUGUGCUGUUUCUCUUUUUUCUCUGUGUCUCAUUGCUGGGGUGGUGCAGUAUUCUGUGAGCGCAGGGCUUGGUCAAGGGCGAGUCUUCCUCUUCCCUUUCCCGGAUUUUUCUAUUUGUAGAUCAGCAUGUAUUUUAUAGGAGACUUUUUUUCCCCCCUUCUCUCCAUCUUUCAUGCGGUGGUGGUUCUGUUUCCCAUCACGGCCUAUGAUGAAACCACAAGAAAGCCCAGGCCCAUGUGACGAGAGCGCAACAGUUGCUUGGUGACAAGAAGAGGGUUGUGAGGUGGGGGCUGGGCGUGUUCGGAGGGACGUGAGCAUGGAGUGGUGACGGUCCAAUCAGCAGAUGAGCUCUCUUUUUCAUCCAGGACAAGGAUGAAAUGCUCAUAUUCACACCGUUCCAACAUAAAACUGGCCUUUUCUGUUUAGCUUGAUAGAUGUGUGGCCAUCCACAAGGUUCUUAAAUGGACCAUUCAUCUUUAUGAUGGCCUCACUUUAUCUCUGAGUCCUUGCAGAUCUGCUACUUCCCAUUCUCACCACAAGCAAAUGGUGCCGUCAAACCACACACACACACACACACACACAUCUUCUUCCCAGUGGCAAAACGCUGCCAUAUUUACCAUCUCUUGGAAAGGUAAUUUGGCCACAGUAGGACAGAAUGAUUGCCAGCUCAUUUUGAGUGGACCAUGUGCAGUCUCUUGUUCUUGUCCUUCUGGGAACUCCAAAGAAACAUUUCCUAAAGAAGGAGAGGAAAAAGUCACAAAGUCAUUUGGUCUUUUCUUUUUGAUAUGGUGUGUUGAACAGCGCUGCAUGUGGCCAAGUUCAGUCAUUUUAAUACCCAUUCUUGUUGAGGAGGAGAUAUUUGAAGGACGUGAGCUCAUUUGGGAUGCAGUCGUUUGCCCUGUCCCUGCCUGAUGUUAUCCUCUCUGACUGGGGCAGUAACAUUCGUGAUUGCUUUUGGGGAGCAGUGACUCAUGAUUGCGCUUGUGUUGCUGCCAAACUCUCAAUAGCAGUGUUUCCUUCUCUUUCUUUCUUUCUUUUGCCAUGGAUGCUGGCAUACAGAAAAAUGUAAAUACAAUGACAAUUCAUCAUCUGCUUCCCAUCUUCCCACAAUAUAUAUCAUAUUAUACAAUGCAUAUCCAAAUACCAUCAUUCUUGAACUAUACUAGGGCAGCUGACACUAAUGAUAGAGUCAGCACACCCCCUAAUCUCCAAAGCCUUCUCCAAGUUAAAUGCUGCUCCGUGGUGAUCAUGUGCAAGCUUUGCACAUGCAACAAUUUGCACAUGCAAAAAGGCAAGGUGAGCCUUAUUCAGCACAUCUCGCCUGUACUGUUUGUCAGUCCAACCUUUUUUUUUUUCCACUCCUCUCGUCACUUGUAAGGGUAACAAGAGCAUGACCCCUGCUGUCACACUGUUGAGCUGUUUUCAUAACUUUAUGGAGUUGUGUUCUGCCUCAGCCACUCUCAUGUGGAUUUAUGAUCUGAUGGUUGAUAUCCUUGCAUGUCGAGGCAGUAUUAAUUUGCUAAGAGGAGCAAGGAGAAGGGAGCAAUUUACAGACCAUAGUGGCAUCGUGAACAUCGUGACACCCUGCGGCUCUUUACUCCUGUUGAACUACUGUUGGCCAAACAAUGGAUGGCUGAUAGGCUUGACUGAACACUACAACCGAGACAACUUUAAAUAGAAGCAACUUUGUCUAAUGUACUGAGACCAGCCGGGGCCUUUGAUUUACUCUAAAAUUGUCAGCAGUGCUUUUGUGGCUGAUGCAAGAAGCUGGUAUGCUUGUUUGCGUGCAAGUUGUAAAUAUUGCAAAGCACUGUAGAAAGUAUGGGAAGCUAAUUUUCACACAUGAAAGUUUCAUAAAAUUCAUUUCUCUGUAAUGUUAUAUUUAUAAAUUUUCUAAGCAUCUUUCUAUGUAAUCAGCCUGCACAAGGUUGAUUUGGGAAUUCACUGAUCCCCACAAAAUAACUAAUAAACCUUUUUAAGUCUUUUAACAGCCAUUUUUGAUGUCAUGUGACUCCCCCAGACCUGUGAAAUGACAUCUUGAGGCUGCCAACUAAAGAUGGACCCGGCAACAGACUACAAAAGUUUGCAUUACAAGGUUGUGAGGCUAAGCGAUCCCCAAAGAAAUGUUUCUCUGUACACAUAAGUUGAAAGGAGAUGACAAAAAAAGGCAAAAGCAGCAGAGUAGAAAGGAGUAGAAGAUCAUGAGAGAGGGGAACAGACGAUAAGAAAAGACAGAGAGAGGAAGUUGGGAAACCUUGGACUCAAAAGAGAAUGAGAAAGAGACUUGGAGCACAGCUGGCUCACUGAGGGGUAUAAUGACUGUCAUAUUGCAAUGCAUUAGCUCAUACUCAGCCCAGACAGCUUGACUUGAUGAAAGGGGCCGGUCACUGGCUAACCGCGUACAUAGCAACAAGACCCCAUGGAGACGAGCCAAACAAAGUGUUACACUGCCAAUGGAGAGGACUACAGGGGCUUCCAGAGCCAGACCAGCCUGCAUGGUGGUAAACCCUGCCUCUACUGGAAUGAGACCUUCCAGCACCCAUACAAUACCCUCAAAUACCCCAAUGGAGAAGGUGGGUUGGGCAGGCACAACUUCUGCAGGAAUCCUGACGGGGAUGUUCAGCCGUGGUGCUACAUAGCAGAUCAUGAAGACGGCAUCUACUGGAGAUACUGCGAGAUUCCUACGUGCCAGAUGCCUGGAAACUUGGGCUGCUUCAAAGACAGCGGUGACCCGCCCACUCUCUCUGGCACCAGCGAGACUUCCAACAAACUCACCAUCCAGAACUGCAUUAGCUUCUGUCGGAAGCAGAGAUACAAGCUUGCCGGAAUGGAGUCAGGAUAUGCCUGUUUCUGUGGCAAUGAAGUGGACCAGCGUGACCGCGGCGAGUCGCCUAGUAUGGAGUGUAACCAUGUUUGCUUCGGCGACCACACCCAGCCCUGCGGCGGAGACGGCUGGGUCAUCAUCUUUGACACCCGAGUGGGGGCCUGUGGUGGAAACUAUUCCUCCCCAUCAGGCGUGAUCUACUCCCCUGACUUUCCUGACAAGUAUGGAGCUGGCCGUGUUUGUUACUGGACCAUCCAGGUCCCUGGAUCCUCCGCCAUCCUCUUCAAUUUCACCUUCUUUGACAUCUCUGACCAGACAGACAUGGUAGAGCUGCUGGAUGGCUACACCAACCAGGUGGUGGCACGCUUCGAUUGGCGGAGCCCACCACGGGAGCUGGUGAACAUCACAGGCGACUUUGUCAUUCUGUACUUCUACUCAGACCGCACCAACCAAGCCCAGGGAUUUGCUUUGCUUUACCAAGCACUGAGAAGCCAAGACACUAGAACAAUGGGGGCCAAAGGAGAUGAUGAGGAUGAAGGAGAGGACGUCUCCAGCACGGCAGGACCCCAGCUAGCUGGGGGCGUCACCGAGAGGUCCAACAGCACCUCUAAUGGACGUUCCUCCCAGAUCCUCUAUGUGAUCACGUCCAGCCCCGGUAAACCGGAGCACAACAUGCCAGGUCAGUGGGCUGGACGCGGCGAGACCACCGGCCACAGCGCUAUGUGGACCAUUUACGCUCUGGCUGCUCUCCUCAUACUGACAGUCAUAGCCAUGGUGGCAAAGCUGCUGCUUCAUAUCACAGUCAAGUCCCCGAAUAUCCCAACGGUCAGCGGUUCAGACAGCUGCAGCCAGAGCACGGCUUCCUCUGAGCCUUGGAUCAUCCUGUACCGACCCUCCACCAUCUCCCUCUUCAAGAAGAAGCUGAAGAACCACCAUGGUGACCUCAGUCCCCUGGUGGGAAACUAGCGCCACUGCUGCACUUGACCGUUAGCCAAACGCUACCACCACCCACAACGACUCUGUGCAAGGGCCGUCAGAUGCCAGGCCCUCAGAUAAUGAAACUCUAUGAGGCGCUAUGCUAACAAGCCAAGAACUGAGUGGCUAAUGACAACUGACUGAGUGACUGCUCCUAAGUGGUCUGUGGGCCAAAGUGGCUGGGCCCUCCCAUCCUGCUCAGCACCAAGGAGGAGAGCGACAGACAGGGCUGUCAGUGACCUCACUGUGGGAGAGGAGAGUGAAGGAUUAGAUGGAGGAGGAUCUGUGGCUCUGACAAAGAUUCAAAAACGCUUUUAACAAUGUGGGAAGCUUCUCUGGUUCAGCAAGGCUCCAUUUCCAUCACCCAUGGCUGUCCCUAACAAUCAACAUACCUCCAAAAAACCUUCCAGACUGCAGUCUCACCAGUGAAAACACAACACAGCCAGGUGCAGAAUAACAGCCAACUACACUGUCUGUGCUCACUUUAGGAAAACAGGGAGGUUUUACUCUCCCUGGUGCUUCAGUAUAACAGAAUCUUCGUCAGUAUCAAGGAGAGGAUGGAGAAAUCUUUGAUACACACAUGCUGUAACACUUAACAGCUUAACAGUUUUGUAUAACUCUUCCAACUGCCUCAUAUGGACGAUGAACACUUCCAGCUAAAAACCAGAAUCCUCCCAUCCAAAGACUUGUGUAUUUAUUUUUCUUUUUGAUUCCAUAUGCACAGUUUCUUUUUCAUGUUGUACGUGACAACUAGCUUUCUGAGGACAGGGGAACAGAACAUGGGGACGUCACACAGAAGGUAGUUAUCACAGCACUUAAGGGGGAUGAAUCACUCGCUGUUAAAUGGGAAGAUCAGAGAGAAAGAGAGUAUGCACACCCACUCGUUCACUCAGCGCUCGUGUGGAUUUGGGUGGAGAGAGAAGAAGUAGCGUUGUUCACUUGGGGGCUGGGUUGUGCAGUUUUCAGACAAACUACCAUUUAGGGAGGCUUGGGAAGAUCUGAGGGCUUUUUCUGCUUGGUUGUGGGUGGGAAUCUUUCCGGUUAGAUGGUGUUCAAGUGCCUUAAGGAUCUCCUCUUCCCUUGUCUCAGAUUCCCCACAUCUGUUUCUUUCACAAAGAGGACUUGGGUCACUCACAAAGUCUGCUGCACUUCUUUAAAAUCAGCGUAGACGUCGAGAGUUUCAGUCCAAAAUAGGAUCUCCACUAGUAUAAAUGUAAAGUCAUCUUGUACAGUGACAACAUUCAAAAUUAGUCUUUUUAAAUAUAGUACACUCAACUGAACACCUCUCCAGACUGGAUCUUUUACAUUUUGUUACAUGAUGGACAUGAUAUUUUUUUGUUUUCCAAAAUGAACACAAUUAACACAGCCUGUUUUUUUUUUUGUUUUUUUUUUUUUUUAGCAUUUUAAUUUCUGUUUGUGUGCUCUUAUGUGUAGUCUUGGACAUUUACUGAACAUAUUGUUCACAUUAAUUUGUCUUUUAAUUAUGGGGGGGAUCAACAUUGUUGUAUAUUAUGUAAUUCAGUGUGAGAAUGAUGAUAUUUAUGUCAGCUCUUUCAUUUUGUCACUCGGCAAUGCAAACCCAUCGAAGUGCUUUUUGUACUUACUUUAGCUUAAAUGUGGAAUUCUUCUUUUUUUUUAAACAGCAGUAAAUUGCCUAAAUUCCACAAGACUCUGCAGACCUGGAAGCUUUUACUUGUCAUCUUGAUUUCAGGCGAAAAGGCUGAACGCAAACAAUACACCCGGAGAGAAAUCUAACCAAAAGCACUCAACGGUACUGUGCACAAGCUGACAGCAGGUUUGCAGCUGUGACGGUUUUCUGUGCAUUGCUGUGACAUUUAAACUACUUGUGAAAGGUCAAAAUCUACUAGUUUGCCACCGGCAUAGUAAUUGGCUCUUCCUGUCGUGGGACUGGAUGUUGGCGGUGGUCUCAGCAGACGGUCACCCCAAAAAUCCUUCAGUCGUUGACUUAGGAUAAAUAAAGAAGAGUUUUGGAAUCUCUGUGCACUCAGAUUUGCCUCCGCUUACAAAACGUAACAGUACUUAUUGACAUUUGCAUUCAGUUUCGGUGAAAAGAAAAAAAUAAAUAAAAUGUACUUUUUGCAGCAACCUAAGCACUUGACAUGAAUUGCAUGAUGCAUCCUCUCAGUGAGUCAAUUCAAGUCCAAAGAUUUAUAGUUUUUCAAGAAUCAGACAGAAUUUGAGACCCAUAAAACAAUGAAGAAUCUUUCUUUCACUCAAUAAGAUGUUUUGUUAAAAUGUGACUCUGCGCUAUAUUCCUGCCUGUCUGCUCAACUGUAACUCAUCUUAAUUAUUGCAAGACAAGAGCACAUGCCCCUGGGUCUGUGAUGUUCAGAGCAGACCAUGCGUAGAGAGAGGGAGAAAAGAGCCUAGAUGUGAGAGCGAUGGGAAAUUAAUGUGUGUUCAAAUAAACACAUGCUAACGAAAUCUGACAGUUAAAAUCUAACAAGGACAUAUUUGUUUGGAUAGCCUGGUGAAUUAUGCAAACUCCCAUUUUCUGUCCCAUUCUCCAGUCAAUUGGAAAAUUCCACGCUAUCUUCUGAGCGGUGGAAACAGUGUUUUUUUCCCAAUCUGCAAUUGAUGUGAAUGUCUUGUAGUGCUCGAUGACGUGAAAACAACACCAGAAGCCCUGUGGGAAAUGAUCUGAAGGGGCCAAAACAUUGUUUUCAUGAAAUUGUAAAUAGCAAAAUAGUGAAAUGUUUAAUUUAUACAGUAAGUUAUUGUUAUUUUGUAUGUGAAUGGGAUAUAAUCUAUCUUUUGUAUAAGUGAAGUACCUUUGUAGUUUUAUUUAAUGUGUCCUGGUCGCAAAAUAAACACUGUAUGCAUGUUUCUUAAA